CCGCGUCGCCAUCUGGUGCACGGGCUGCCUACCACGAAGCUUGAUCUCGUUUUUCUUUUCAUUGCGGCGGACGGAUUUCAAGUUUUGCUGGCUAGCUUGUUUGCGAAACCCCCAAAGGGGGCCAGCCCGUUUCCGCAAAGUCUCCCGUCGGAAGUCUCGCCGCCGCCGCGUCCAAGUCCAACCAGUCCAACUUCGCGACGCCGCCGCUGACGGAGAAGAUCCUCCAAGAAUCUCCCUACGCCGUUCUUCGCUCGCGCCCCCACUCCUCACCGAAAAGUUCGACAUCGUCGGAGCGUUCGUGUCUGUGCGUGCGUGUGUGUCUGUGUGUGGUGCAAAGACAAAACAAGUCCACCGCAAAAAGAAAGAAAAAGAAGCAUCAACAACAUGGCUGUUGUACCGUCCCGUCCGCGGCGGAGGUGCCGAGGAGGUCAGAGCAAAGAUGCUCCUUUGUGAUUUGGGCCGUCGGGGAGCGUCUUCGAGCGGAUCUCCAGUGAACGAUGCACCACAUCGCCGACCACUCCGCUCGCCGUAGCCGUGGAUUACUCGGAAUGUCGCGGCGACGCAAAACGCGGUGAACGUAAGCGCGUGAGCCAAGGCACGCCACACCAAAACCACCUUCUCGCCACCGUCAAGCGACGUGGGACGCUCCGACCAACUGGGACAGAAGCGCUCUUCUUCGGCGCUCCGUAGACUCAGACCCCCAGCUUCCGAACACGCACCAGCCACUUUUCAAAACCCAGCUAAUCAACAACAACGACAAGAAAAAUAUAUAUGCUGACGAUUGUGGCGAACUGCCUUGAUCUCCGCGCCGAACAGAUGAUGCCCGAUUCAGACGGCUCGGUUUCGUCGUCGCACUUGUUGAUGUACCUUGAAGUGCCGACUUGUUAGAGAAGUGUUGAGGGGGUAGGGUGUUUUCGCCGUUUUCAUGAUGAGGGGGGACGUUUUGCCGCCCAAGCGCCAGGCGGUCGUGGAUCGUCUACGGCGACGGAUCGAGUUGUACCGAAGGCACCACAGCGCUACGCUUCCGCGGUACGAUGACUCUGCCAACGAUGUGUACGAGGAGCAGCGGCAAGAGACGCUCAUGCUCAAGCAGCGGUACCUCGAGUCGAAGGCCAAGAAGGCCAAGAAGAACGAGCACAAGGCGCUCAAGGAGAGCGCCUCCUCCGGUGCGGCGGGUUCCUCGUCCACGGACUCGCAGAAGAACAUGCUUCUGAAAAUGAACAAAAGAUCUGCUGGAAGUCUGGAACAGUCCAUGGACCAGUCUACAGAGGCUGGGCAGCCCGACGACAAAGACCAGCGGCCCUGUAAGAUGCCCCGGAACAACAGCAACGCUCCAGACCAGUCUGGGAUUCAGCAGCUCAGCAUGGAGCCCCAGCAGAUCCAGAACAUCCCCAGUUUUGAAUGCAUAAAGCAGCAGUCUUCCAGUCAAGCUGUGCCCACAACCCCAAAGUCUCCAGGUGCACCUGGAACAAACCAUGCAUCUAUUCCGGCACUCCGCAUCAUCAAGAAGGAGAACGACGGGUUUUGCGGCGGAAAUCAUUCGUGCGCUCGGAACCAGGACGUCGCGAUUGCGGCGGCAACGAACCAACCGGAUUCUUCUGAUGUUGGGGAAAAGUUUCUGGACGUCUUUCCGAACCUCGGGCUUCCCGAGGACCCAUCCAAGGUGUGGGUGGACAAUCCCGAGAUACUGCGGCACCUCAUCGACGACAUCACCAAUCCGUCGGACCUGAUGACGGACUUCAACUUCAGUUAUGGCAUGGAGAAUGUGAAAGACAGUGUGCUGGAACCGUGCAAGAGCGAAAACGAAGUUCACGCUUCGUCCGGCGACAAGAAAAGUGGUAGGCAGACGUCGUUUGUGGUGAGCGAGUCUUUCCCCGCGAGCUCUUCUCAACAGAUGCUCGGCUCGGCAUUUGAACAGAGGGUUGCGACCACAGCCGACUCUCAUGUCGGUGGCUCGGCUUCGCGACUGCUGCCCCAGCAGAACUAUCCCACGGGCAACUCGAGGGCACCUGGCCAGUUCUCCAACUCCGGCCUCAACAGCCUCUCGGACUUCAAGCUGUCGGAGCCAAGUCCGGCAGCACAAACUCUCAAGCAGAUGGCCGAACAGCAUCAGCAGCACAAGCAGAACCACGACAAACACUCCAUCGGACUCCCACCCAUGAAUCCUCGGGGUGGAAGCUUCGCGCCUGGCGACAACUUCGAGGCUACGCUCGGAUCCGUGAGAAACGUAGUCUUCAGUACGGCCAACACCUCCCUCCAUCCAAUCAAAGCCAUGCAGACGUCGAAUAUGUUCCACAGUGUCGGUUACGGAGGACAAACUAUGACGACCACGACAAUCCAGUCCAACAUGCGCACAGAAAUUAGGCCUAUGAACUCAAUGACAGGAGUGCCUUUUGGUAAACUCAACGGCAGUAACCACAACACGUACGCAGUGUCGAACAGUGUAGUGCACAACGUUGCUCAGAUGCCAUCACGCAUGCCGGAGCAGCAGAAGUGUGCUCCAGCCAAGAUGGGGCAGUACUCCAGUGCUAUGGAUGAAAAGACAGCGUUCAUGAAUAAUUUCAAGGCGAGCCUCGCUCACUUCAAUGAGAUGAAAGCUGCUCCGUCGCCGCCUCUGCCGCCGUUGGUCAAGGGCCCGCCCCAGUUCACCAAGCGCAUGUCCCCGUCACCAAUGGGCCAGCAGGCCCAGAUGAUGAUGGGACAGUCGGGCCAUGCACAGCAUUCGGCAAACCCAAUGCAGCAACAGCAACGGACAGCCAAGGAAAUGAAGGACAUUUCGUCCCUCAACAUCUCGUCGAAUCCUUCGUACGCCGAAGCUCUCGCCUAUUCGAGCGGCGGUGGCAGCACCAACAGUGCAAACAUCCGUGGCGUGACCCGGACCGGCAUUGGAUCUCCGCAGUUCCAGCCGCAACCGCAGCAACAGACGCUCCAGCACACGGACCAAACCACGCAAAACUUCCGGACUCAGUACUUGGAUCAUUCCCGUCCACCGUGCUCGUCACCGGCAGACCACCACCAUCACUUUGUGCAGGGCAAGACGUCUGUGGCUCCGUCGCACCACCUCCAGCAUUACGGCAACCGCCCGCCCAAUCCAAUAGCCAUGACGCAGCAGCAACACACGGCGGCCGAUACCGCCCACAAGCAGACGCAACAGGUCGCCGUUUCCGUCGUGGGCGGCCAGCUUGCAAGCGGGCAACUCGUAAACCGCCAGGGCGUGCCGCAGUACCUUCACCGUCUUGGACACAAUGUGCAACAGGCAACCCUGAGCAGUCCGCCGAACCAGUCCCACUUCGAACCUGCCAACCAAAUCAACUUCACCGCCCCAAAGAUGGCUGCCGUCGCCAGGGGCCAGACGCCGCUGCAGACUGCAGGAAUAGUGCCGAGACACCCCUCCGUGUCUGCAGCCUCACUAGCCGCACACCACAAGUUGGUGUACACCAACGCGGCGACCCGCCCCCAGCGCGUCGUCAGCAUCUCGACGCCGCAGCGGGAUUGGCAGCGAAUGAUGGCGCACAACCACGGGAUGCAGCAGCAGCAGCAGGUGUGCUUCCAGCCACAGACCUCGCAGCUUCAGCAGACAAGGUCCGUCUUCAGUGGCGUCGGGCAGCAGCAGCAGCAGUCGAUGCAGCAGGUAAUGUCGUCGAGUUUCGCGGCGGCCACGCUGCCUCCGCUUCCGCAGCUGCAGAUUCCAGCGUCGCGGAGCGGCAGCGUGGCACAGCCAGGCAACUUCUCGCCUUCCCUCACCUCGAGCAUCUCGGACUUCAACCUCGAGUUCCUGGAGAGCAUUGAAAACAGCGACUCGGACUUGCUGAACUUUGAUCCCGUCAACUCCAACUUUGGCAUCCUCGACGAUGUGCUGGGCGGGAAGUGAGCCGAGUGUGACGCUGUACACAUUGUUCUCAUGUUUAAGCAAAUGCACACUUCUCACACACACAUCAAUCUUUUGUACACAGCGGAAGGAUGUUUUUUUUAAAAAGAAACUCAUUCCACAUAUCCACUACUGCGGUCGCACGCAACGGCGCAACACGUUGCGAUACAGUCGUCGCCUGUGUUCAUGCCACCACAUUUUCGGGGGGCUGUUGCGGAUUUUUAACGCGUGUAUAUGGACUGCCGUUUUGUUCUCUGCGCUCUGGGUUUUUUUAAACACACUUUGAAAGGAACAAGAAUUGCUUGUAAAUACCGGGUUUUUAAUGUAGUAUACAUAUACAUAAAUAUAUAUACCAGUGUUUUUGUUUUUAUACAUUGGAAACAAAAAAAAAAGUUGUUGCCAAAUCUUGUAAAAUCUAUAUAGCCUUUACAAACUGCGACAUAUAUGCAAUUUACAGAAUAAAACGUGAGGACUGCCUUACUUCUUUUUCUAAUGAAAUGAC